AUGCCUCAAAACGAAUAUAUCGAACAACAUAUAAAACAGCACGGUCGUCGAUUAGACUACGAAGAAAGAAAGAGGAAGAAGGAAGCCAGAGAAGGCCACAGAAUCGCAAAGGAUGCUCAAACACUUAAGGGAUGGAGAGGUAAACAAUUUGCCAAGAAGAGAUACUCUGAAAAGGUCGCUAUGAAGAAGAAGAUCAAGGCCCAUCAAGAAUCUAAGGUCAAGGGACCAGCUACUCCUGUAGAUAACGGUGAAGCCUUGCCUACUUAUCUUUUAGACCGUCAAACUAAUAAUACUGCUAAGGCCAUUAGUUCUUCCAUUAAACAAAAGAGAUUGGAAAAGGCUGACAAGUUUUCAGUGCCUUUACCUAAAGUCAGAGGUAUUUCUGAAGAAGAAAUGUUCAAGGUUAUCAAGACUGGUAAGUCAAAGACUAAAUCUUGGAAGAGAAUGAUUACCAAGCAUACAUUUGUUGGUGAAGGUUUUACCCGUAGACCAGUUAAAAUGGAAAGAAUUAUUCGUCCUGCUGCAUUAAGACAAAAGAAGGCUAAUGUCACUCAUCCUGAAUUGGGUGUCACUGUCUUCUUACCUAUUUUGGGUGUUAAGAAGAAUCCACAAUCCCCAAUGUACACUCAAUUAGGGGUAUUAACUAAAGGGACAAUUAUUGAAGUUAAUGUAUCUGAGUUAGGGUUAGUUACUGCCGGUGGUAAAGUUGUUUGGGGUAAAUAUGCCCAAAUUACAAAUGAACCAGAUAGAGAUGGAUGUGUCAAUGCAGUUUUAUUAGUAUAG